AUGGCUUCCUCGGAACGUACAUUGCUUCCUAAUGACAUAAUCGAAGAAAUAUUUUGUAGGAUUCCAAUCGAAUACCUAACACAAUUCAAACCAACGUGCAAACAAUGGCAUGCUCUCUUGAAAGACAAGAGGUUCAUCAACAAGUACUUGGAUCUUGUCCAAGAAAGAUUCAUAAGAAUCGACCAAACGGUCCAAAUCAUCGAUCCCGUGAACAAAGCUCGCUCAUCUUCACCAAUCCCGGACGAGUUUCUUAUUUUAUCUGAGAUCUCGACUAUGGUUCAUUGCGACGGACUAUUGCUAUGUAGAUGCAACAAAACAAGAUCAAGAAACUGCAAGCUCGCAGUUUGGAAUCCGUUCUUGAAACGUAUCAAAUGGAUCAAACCGAUGGAUUUUUGCUCUAGUAAUGAUUCCUACGGUAUUGGAUACAACAAGAAUAUAUCUCCUGAUGAUGAUGGAUACAAGAUCUUACGGCUUUUCGACGGUGGGCUUGAAGACGACGAGAGACAAAUGUUUGGAUCUUGCAAGCCAGCGGUUCAGAUAUAUGAUUUCAAAUCUGAUUCUUGGAGAGUUCUUGAUAACGAUGACGUUGCUACGUUGGAUUGGUCUAUUGAUCCACCUUGCAAAGGCGUCUCCGUGAAAGGAAACAUGUAUUGGGUCGCACAUUGGAACAAGAGACCCGAAAUGUUCAUCCAAAGUUUCGAUUUCACCACGGAAACAUUCAAGCUCGUUACCAACGUUCCAUUCCCAUGCAAUGUCUUGGAUACAGCAGCGUUGUCGAGUUUCCGAGGAGAUAGACUCUCUCUAUUACAUCAACGUGGAGAAGAAACAACCAAGAUUGAAGUUUGGAUCACAAACAAAGUCAAUGAAGACGAGGUUGUGUUUUGGACCAAGUACUUAAACGUAACUAAUCCAAAUCUCCCAAAGUUACACACCGAUCAAGAACUUACUUAUCCUUGUUACUUCAUCGACAAGAACGAUAGUAUCAUGGUUUGGUGCGAGCAAGAGAUUGAUGACGAAGCAGAUCACGUUUGCGUUAGCGUUUACGAGAUUAGUAAAAACGGUAACGUUUGGAAACAAACUGACGCAGGACAAUGUGAUCUAGGUAGUAACAACGAUAGAGUUUUUGUCUGCGGCUAUGUAUACGUUCCAAGUCUUGUACCGGUUCCAGAGUAA